GGGUUAUGUAUGAUUUCGCUGCUGAACCUGGAAAUAAUGAGCUGACAGUCAAUGAAGGAGAAAUCAUCACAGUCACCAAUCCGGACGUUGGUGGGGGGUGGCUGGAAGGAAGAAACAGCAGGGGAGAGAGAGGACUUGUGCCCACGGACUAUGUUCAGGUUUUGCCCAAUGAUGGAAAAGAUCAGUUUUCGUGUGGAAACUCAGUGGCCGACCAAGCUUUCCUGGAUUCCCUCUCAGCAAGUACGGCUCAGGCCAGUUCGUCAGCUGCGGGCAGUAAUAACCAGGUGGAUGUUUUGGCCCAGGCUGGUUGUGUCGAGCGUCUCGGCCAGUCCCCACCUUCUUCAUCUUCUCCUUCUCCUCCUUCCUCCACAAAUAAGGUCAGCGGGGGCAGUGACCCCUGGUCGGCGUGGAAUGCAGCCAAGCCCGGGAACUGGGACGGCUCGGACAGCUGGGGGGCCAGGCCGGAGGGGACGGCCGCCCAGAGGAACACUUCCAACAACUGGGACGCAGCCUUCGGCCACCCCCAGGCCUACCAAGGACCAGCGACCGGCGAUGACGACGACUGGGACGAAGACUGGGACGACCCCAAGUCGCCCUCCCCCUACUUCAAGGACGCAGACUCUGCCGAGGCGGGUGGCGCUCAGCGGGGGAACAGCCGGGCCGGCACCUCGUCCAUGAAGCUGCCGCUGAACAAGUUCCCUGGAUUCGCAAAACCUGGAACAGAGCAGUAUUUGUUGGCCAAGCAGCUAGUAAAGCCCAAAGAGAGAAUUCCCAUCAUGAUUGGCGAUUACGGCCCGAUGUGGGUUUAUCCUGCCUCUACGUUUGAUUGUUUGGUAGCAGAUCCCAAGAAAGGCUCCAAGAUGUACGGUCUGAAGAGCUAUAUUGAGUAUCAGCUAACUCCCACUAACACUAAUCGAUCCGUAAACCACCGGUAUAAGCACUUUGACUGGCUAUAUGAGCGUCUCCUGGUUAAGUUCGGGUCUGCCAUUCCAAUCCCUUCUCUUCCAGAUAAGCAGGUCACAGGUCGCUUUGAAGAGGAGUUUAUCAAAAUGCGCAUGGAGAGGCUGCAGGCGUGGAUGAGCAGGAUGUGCCGUCAUCCCGUGAUCUCAGAAAGCGAGGUUUUCCAGCAAUUUCUAAGUUUCCGAGAUGAAAAGGAAUGGAAAACCGGCAAGCGGAAGGCCGAGAAGGACGAGCUGGUGGGCGUGAUGGUGUUUUCUACCAUGGAGCCAGAGGCGCCUGACCUGGACUUAAUAGAAAUAGAGCAGAAGUGUGACGCCGUGGGCAAGUUCACCAGGGCCAUGGACGACGGCGUGAAGGAGCUGCUCACCGUGGGGCAGGAGCACUGGAAGCGCUGCACUGGCCCGUUGCCCAAGGAGUAUCAGAAGAUCGGGAAGGCCUUGCAGAGCCUGGCGACCGUGUUCAGCUCCAGUGGGUAUCAAGGUGAAACAGAGCUCAACGAUGCCAUCACGGAAGCAGGAAAGACCUACGAAGAAAUAGCCAGUCUCGUGGCCGAGCAGCCCAGAAAGGACCUGCACUUCCUCAUGGAGUGCAAUCACGAGUACAAAGGCUUCCUCGGCUGCUUCCCCGACAUCAUCGGCACCCACAAGGGAGCGAUAGAAAAGGUGAAAGAAAGCGAUAAGCUGGUGGCGGCUAGUAAGAUCACCCCCCAGGACAAGCAGAACAUGGUGAAGCGCGUGGGCACCAUGUCGUAUGCUCUGCAAGCGGAGAUGAAUCACUUCCACAGUAACCGGAUCUACGACUACAACAGCGUCAUCCGCCUCUACCUGGAGCAGCAGGUGCAGUUCUACGAGACGAUUGCCGAGAAGCUGAGGCAGGCCCUCGGCCGCUUCCCGGUCAUGUAGACCCGCCCAGAGCACGGAGAGAGCUCCCAAGUGCCUCUUUCUGACUCGGGCCGUGUGGCUCAGUUUUUUACCCCUCUACAAGCAAAAUGAAACAGGAAAGGAAACCAAAAAGAGCUGCAAAAAACCCCCUCCUAACCCGCCCAGGCCCCGGAUCUGGGGCACGCUCAGCUCGUUCUGGUGGCCAGUGCUAAGCCGGUGGAAACCACCUCUAUUUUUGAAAAGUACUCGUCAGAAUUUUGAAUGGAGUAAUAGGGGUUUCCCCGCUGAUAUUUUACAUACAAUUAUAAUUUAUAAUUUACCCACUUCUUCCGGUUCUUACCCAAUGUCAGGUAAUUACUAAUUGCUUUCUUAAAGAUAUGACAUAUGCCAGAAUAAAGAGUAUAUAUGUCCAUAUAUUUUUAUAACUCUUGUUCCUCUGGGCUCCUGCCUGUGCAGGAGCACCUGCCUUCUCCCUGCCACAUGGAGGGCCAGGGCACCUGUUUCUGCUGCCUUCUGUCCCUGGCAGCCGGGGAGUGUCCUCGCCUGCACUCGCUCCUGCAGGGGGGUUGGGGGGGUGCGGGGGGCGGCCUGGGGAUGGAGAAGGCCUAUUCUAGGGGCUCACGCCCCUCUCCCGGCCGCUCACCCUCCAGUCAGGCUGAAAUGCUGCCAGGAGCAGAGUUUCCCACUGGGCCGCACUCAGCAGGCCUGAGAGAAUAUUCUAGACUGGCGGGCCCGCUGCGGCCGACUGAGAAACACGGCAAGAGAGCCCCGACGGCCUGGGCUGGUGAGGGCGGCACCCCAGCACCCCAGUGCUUGUAAGGGGCGCCCCCCCUCUGCCAGCAUCUUCCGCUCCGGGCCCAGGUGGCUGAGCAGACCGCCAGCGAGCUCUUCAGCUUACGCAGAGGCCGCCGCGCUCCCUCGCAGCCGGUGCCCCUCCCGGCCGCUGCUCCCCGGCGCCGGGUCGCCCCACGGUUGCCUUAGACAUGAGCUCUCAUGCUCCGUCCUUCCGACCGAUGAUGGUAUCAUGGACAGUGGAAGAGCCGGCCAGCGUGACGUGAAACCAAAAAUAAACAGAAGAGGAAAUCAAGUGAGCAUGAGCAUGGGAAUUUCCUGUUCUUCAGUAUCACGGGUUUUUGUUAAUGUUUAUAAGUAAUUUUCCCUACUUGAUUUUUCUUUUAUAAAAUCUCAUAGAACGCCGUUUAUGAUACAGCCAUUUAAUAUAUGUACAAAUUGUAAAGAAUAUGUAUAAAAUGUUUUACACAAAUGUAAGAGCAUGUAGAAGCCAACAUAUAAAUAAAUUGUUUAAAAAAAAACUGUACAGUAA